AUGUCUAUCCCACAUCAUCAGAUGGAAAAGAUAUCUUAUAAAUCGACAGAUGUUAAGGAUAAAUCUCUUGCUCACCAUGUGUUUGAUCAAUUGUUUCUGAGAAGACACAAGCUACAUCAAAAGAAGAAACAGAUUGUAGCUCCUAAGUCGUGGAUGUUCAAAUAUAAACCCAUGAGUCAGGUGAGAGUCAUUCCACAAGAUGGUUGUUACACGUGCAGAGUAAGAGAGUCCAACAAAUCCAACCAUUCAUUUGUGGGUGUCAACGUUGGCUUAGUGGAGUACUUGUGUCCACAUGAUGGUUGGAGAAGCAGACAUAAUAUACAAUCUUUAACACACUGGGAUGAUACCAUUCUUGGUAGAAAUAGCCAACUGAAAGACAAUGGAAGAAAGAAGUUUUUAAGAACUUGGAAGUAUAAGCACAAGAAGAAUGAAAGGUUCAGAGCUUUUGCUGAUGGGUUUCAGAAAAGUUAUGUGGGGCAAGAUCAGGUGGUAAAUGCAGUUGCUAUGAGGUCAAGGGAAGGACUUGGGAGGCCACAAAUGGUUUUAUCUUUAAAGGAGUGUAGUAAGAAGAAACAGAUGAUGUGUCAAAAGGAUUGGAAGUUCAAGUACAAGCAUACAUACUCCUUGAGACCUGUGAAGUUGUUGGUGAAGAGUAGGAAAAUCAAGUUUACAACACCUCAACAUGCAAGAAACUUUAUCAACUUUAGCACAUGGGUGAAGAAUGGAGGAUGGCUACUUAUGAGUCGCCUGCUAGCAAGAAGAAAGGAAAACACAAGCUUGUUAAGCUGGAAGAAAGUACUUGCAGGUUAUAAAGAGAAUUUCAGCUUCAAAGAUACAUGGGAACACGACAGUGGGUGCUCGUGUGAUCUAUCUGAAGUCUUGGUAGCAGAUUCUCACAAAACAGAUUCAAACUGUGCUUAUGCCUCAGUGGUCGUGGAGAUACAGAACCAGAUUGUUUUCCUUAGGGAUAACAAGUAUUAUUUUGCUGCAGAAGGAGCUUCAGGGAGAAGUUUGAGAUGUUAUCUCUGUAAAAAUUCGAGCUACCCCCAAGGGAUGGAUUGCAUCGAUGUUGAAUUGUCUCAGUUUUGUGGUAGAAAUCCUUACUGUGAUGCUUGUGAUGCGGUUUGGAGCAAUUGGUUUAACCUGAGUGUUCUACAUAGUACUGAAGUUUUGUCGGUUCAAGAGAUGGAGCAGCAGGUUUUGUAUGCAGCAGGUUUAACCUGA